AUGUGGGCUAAGAAUGCAGAAUGUAGAACUGUUAUUGAAAAUUCAUGGGGAAUGGACCUUGACCUUGGUACUCCGGAGGGAAUUAUGUCUAACCUUUGUAACUGUGCUAUGGAGUUAAUGAAGUGGAGUUCCAAAAUGUUUGGCCAGAUUCCAAAAAAGAUCCAGGAAAAAAGGAACGCCUUGAACUCUCUAACCCUACAAGACAACGAUGGAUCUUUAAGCACUGAAAUUAAUUGUCUAAGGCGAGAAAUCAAUGAUCUCCUUGAUGAUGAAGAGAUUUACUGGGGUCAAAGAGCCAAAGCGCAUUGGCUUAGAGAAGGCGACAAAAACACCAGCUUCUUUCAUGCCCAAGCUUCUGAGCGCCGCAAGCAGAACACUAUCCUCGGAAUUUGGGAUAGUCGUGGCCGAUGGUGUGAUGGAAAGGACAAUAUUGCACAGGCUACCAUAGACUAUUUUAACAACAUCUAUGCAUCAGCUUCCCCAUCCGGGAUAGAUGAGAUUAUUGAUGCCAUACCUGCUCGGGUGACUGAAGAAAUGAAUCAAAACCUGAACAGAAGCUUCACUAGAGAGGAGGUGGCCAUUGCUCUCAAACAGAUCCACCCUACUAAAGCUCCCGGCCCUGACAGUAUGUCCGCUAUCUUUUAUCAAAAAUAUUGGAGCAUUGUGGGUAGUAGCAUCACUAAUAUGGUCUUAAAUGUUCUCAAUAAUAAUUUGUCUAUGGCAUGUCUAAAUAAAACAAACAUUGCCCUCAUCCCCAAAGUAAAUAACCCCAAAAGAAUGACGGAUUUUCGACCCAUAGGUCUAUGUAAUGUAGUUUAUAAACUCAUAUCUAAAACUAUUGCUAAUAGAUUCAAAGUCAUUCUCCCUCAUAUUAUCUCAGAGAAUCAACGUGCUUUCAUUCCAGACAGGUUAAUUACUGAUAAUGUCCUCAUGGCCUUUAAGUUGAUGCACUACCUAAAUCAUAAAAAUGCAGGGGGAGUUGGCUAUAUGGCUACAAAACUAAAUAUGAGUAAAGCUUUUGACAGGGUUGAAUGGUGCUUCAUAAAAGGGGUCAUGGAGAAAUUGGGGUUUAGUCCAAAAUGGAUUGAUCUUGUUAUGAGGUGCAUUUCUUCGGUCUCAUAUUCAGUUGUUAUAAAUGGGACUGCUUAUGGAAAUAUCACUCCCACCCGGGGGCUUCGGCAAGGGGACCCCCUCUCCCCAAUCCUCUUUCUCAUUUGUACUGAAGGGCUUUCUGCACUCAUUAAUAGGGCUGUCCGGGACCAGCUGUUGACGGGCAUAUCCAUUUGUAGGGGCUGCCCAAGAGUCACUCACCUCCUCUUUGCGGAUGAUAGUAUUCUUUUCUGUAAAGCUAGUGUGGAGGAAAGCCGGGUGCUGAAGCAUAUCCUUCAGAAAUAUGAGAAUGCCUCGGGACAGAAAAUCAACACAGAUAAGUCCUCAAUCUUUUUCAGUCCCAAUACAUCUCAAGAAGCCAAGGAAGAGAUAUUGGCUAACCUUGGCCCAAUGCAAGAUACUAGACAUAAAAAGUAUUUGGGCCUCCCAUCCUUUAUUGGGAGAUCAAAGACGCAGGUAUUUGCUAUUCUGAAGGAGAGAAUUGGGCAGAAACUUGUUGGAUGGAAAAUAAAACUCCUAUCAAUGGGUGGGAAAGAAAUUCUCAUUAAAGUGGUUGCCCAGACAAUCCUUACAUACACCAUGGGGUGCUUCCUUCUCCCUCAAAGCCUAUGCGAGGAAAUUGAAAGUAUGAUAAGGAACUUCUGGUGGGGCCAACGGCAACAAGAAACUAAAAUGUGUUGGGUCAGUUGGAAAACCAUGUGUAAACAAAAGGCUAGUGGAGGUAUGGGCUUCAGGAAUUUGCAAGCUUUUAACAAAACUUUGCUAGCAAAGCAACUUUGGCGUAUUCUCCAAAAUCCUAACACUCUUGUGGCAAGGGUUCUCAAGGCUAGGUAUUUUCCCACCGGGGACAUCCUAAAUGCAACCAUUGGAAACUCCCCAUCAUACUCUUGGAGAAGCAUUCACAGUAGUCUUGAAGUUAUAAGGAAGGGAACUCGGUGGAGAGUAGGAAAUGGGAAGCUAAUUCACAUAUGGGAUGACAAAUGGUUGCCAACACCAUCUACCUACAAAGUCAUCUCACCUCCAAGCAAUAUCCCUCAAUUCCCAAUGGUCUCCUCUCUAAUUGAUCCAAUGACAAGGUGGUGGAGAGUGAACACAAUAAGGGCUGCCUUCCUUCCUUUUGAAGCAGAAACAAUCCUAAAGAUCCCCUUAAGUCAUGACCUUCCUGAAGACAAAAUCAUUUGGAUUGGAAAUAGCCGUGGAAACUUCACUGUAAAAAGUGCCUACCAUCUAGCUUACAACAUGCUGGAUUCAAAUGGGAGUGAAGAAUGUUCAACCAGAGACCCAUGCAAACUGAUUUGGAGGAAGCUUUGGCACUUAAAUCUCCCACCUAAAAUUAAGAUCUUUUCUUGGAGAGCUUGUAUCAAUGGCCUUCCUACAAUGGAAGCCAUAAACCAGAGAGGGAUUUCCCAUUCUAAGACCUGCCCGGUUUGUAAAAAUGAAGCUGAAAAUCUUGACCAUGCUCUCCUCGGCUGCACUUCCUCAUCCUUGGUCUGGAAUUUUUGGCUGGAGAAUCCGCUGAAUACCCAUGGUAUUAAAAACUCUUUCCUUGACUCUACUAUCUUCAUUCUCUCCCAUGCAACACCCCAAGACUCAGAGCUUUUCUUUACUAUUGCUUGGGCCAUCUGGUACAAUAGAAACAAGGUUGUUCAUGAGGGUUGUGGGCUCCCUCCCAAUCAGGUGUGGCUUCUGGAGAAGAGUAAUGUUGAAAAUUAUGUAGGCUCGGCAUUGUGGGACUUCAGUCUCCCAAGGGUUGCCCCAACUUGCUGGGUUCCCCCUCCCCACGGCUUUCAUAAAAUAAAUGUAGAUGGGGCGUCUUCUGACUUGGAAAACUCUUCUAGCAUCGGUGUUGUCAUCAGAGAUAGCUUUGGCAAAAUCGUAGCUGCUCUUUGCAAGCCUCUUCAAGUUUGCUUUACUGCUGAACUUUCGGAAGUAAUGGCUCUGGAGCAUGGUGUUCUUUUGGCUCAGGAGCUUCAGCUAUCCAGAAUCAUAAUUGAAUCAGAUUCGCAGAACGCCAUUCAAGCAGUCCAAGACAAGGCCACAGGCAGCAGCUAUGGGCACAUUGUGCAGAGUAUUCUUCAAGUUUGUGAAUCUUUUGAGACCUGCAUCUUCAAACAUUUAAGCAGAAACUUCAACUCCGUUGCUCAUGAGCUUGCUCAUUUCGCUAGAAGAACUAGAUCCCAGCACCUCUGGAUUGGAGUCACGCCCCCUUGUGUAACUUCUUUUAUUUCUAGCUGA